AAACAAAUUGAUUUAAAGAACUAAUCCAAAAAAGAAUACAUCGAUGAACCCAAAUGUUAAAGAAUACAAGUAAGAAUCCCUAAUGUAAACAGUAUACCCAUUAUUGACGCCCAGGCGCCGCCGCUCUUCUUCUUCUUCUUCACUCUUGACGCAAAUUUGCUCGCCCUUCUUUUCUUCACGUCCAUUUCACAGACUGCUGGGGCAAUCCCACCGCCGCACGAACAGCUCUGCCCUGCCUUCUCUGGAAGCAGCCGCACCACGACCCGUCUCCUUUUUUCCUCGCUCGCUUCGCCUUCUACAGCAGCAGCCGCAACUGCAACACCUCUCAGUCAGGUACACAGAAGUCUGCCUCUCCCGCCUCGACUCCUCCAGUAUGUAACUCAUUUAUGCCUGUAAACAUCCCUUCUUUCUUCUCAUUCUCCUUCUCCAUCCGGACAUGAGGACUAUGGAGUGGGCGGCGAGAGGAGAUCACCUACGCGGAGUACCUCGAAAGAUGAUUUUCAUGGCGGUGGGAGCAUUCGCCAAGGCUGUGGCCAAUCUGCUUAACACCACCACCGUUUACAACGUCGAAACCCUCCUCCGCCUCGUCCGGCAUCGCCCGCCUGGCGUCCCUCUUAUCACCGUCAGCAAUCACAUGUCCACGUCAGUCAUCCUCUCAUGUUGGAUGACCCAGUAUUGUGGGGAUUCAAGGGUUUUCCCAUAACGGAUGUCGAGUUAGGGAGAUGGGUACUUGCAGCUGAAGACAUAUGCUUCAAAAACCCAGUGUAUUCAUAUUGUUUUCGACUUGGGAAAUGUAUUCCCAUAACAAGAGGUGGUGGAAUCUAUCAGGAGCACAUGAACGAGGCUCUUGAUCGCUUGGCUAAUGGAGCUUGGUUGCAUACAUUUCCAGAAGGGAAAGUGUAUCAAGAAGAUGCACCUAUACGGAGGUUGAAAUGGGGAACUGCCAGUCUCAUUGUUCGUGCCCCCGUAACUCCGAUAGUUUUGCCAAUAGUUCACCGUGGUUUUGAACAGGUUAUGCCUGAGAAUUAUAUGUUUGGUAGAAGGCCUCCUUUCCCUUUGGGCAACAAGGAUAUUGGAAUACAUAUAGGCGAGCCAAUUAUGUUUGACAUCCCAAAACUGAAGCAGGAGGCGCUACACAUGUCCAAGGAUGUUUCAUUCUCUGGAUGUGGAUGGCCCAACACCGUGUGUGGACUGGAUGAGGCUGCACAGAGAUGUCUUUAUAUCAAUAUAUCACACCAUAUACAACGACUCAUGGAGACCUUGCGUAUAUCGUCUCUCAAAUCCACCUGAUUCUUCAUUUUUCUCCAUUUUUCCAAAUACGAGCAGAAAUAACGGCUUACUUUUAAUUGUAAUUUUUGCCAAAUUUCAUUUCACUAUUCAAUAUUUAUUUUACACUUAUGGGUU